AUGAUGAUGGACUUGUGGUCUAAUCUGGGAGACUGGAUUUUCAGGCAAUUUGGCCAAGGUGGUUUGAACUUUAUUGAUUUGAUGGUGCGACAGGGGAAUAUCGACAACCCUCCUAAGACACCAUUGGUUCCUGGGUUUGAAUGCUCUGGAAUUGUAGAAGCUCUUGGAGAUAGUGUCAAAGGAUUUGAGAUUGGCGACAGAGUCAUGGCUUUUGUAAACUACAAUGCAUGGGCUGAAGUCGUAUGUACCCCAGUAGAAUUUGUCUACAAGAUCCCAGAUGACAUGAGUUUUUCUGAAGCUGCUGCGUUUCCCAUGAACUUUGUAACUGCCUACAUGAUGCUCUUUGAAGUUGCUAACCUAAGAGAAGGCAUGUCUGUGCUGGUUCACUCGGCAGGAGGUGGGGUGGGUCAAGCUGUUGCUCAGCUCUGUUCAACUGUUCCCAACGUUACUGUUUUUGGAACAGCUUCAUCUUUCAAACAUGAAGCAAUCAAAGACUCAGUCACUCACCUGUUUGACAGAAAUGCAGACUAUGUUCAAGAAGUAAAAAGAAUCUCAACAGAUGGAGUAGAUAUUGUUUUGGACUGUCUUUGUGGAGAAAAUACUGGAAAAGGCCUCAGUCUUCUCAAACCACUUGGGACUUACAUUUUGUAUGGUUCAUCUAACAUGGUUACUGGGGAGACAAAAAGCUUCUUCAGUUUUGCAAAAUCAUGGUGGCAGGUUGAGAAAGUAAAUCCUAUCAAGCUGUACGAGGAGAACAAAGUCAUUGCUGGAUUUUCCCUGUUGAAUCUGCUUUUCAAACAGAAUCGAGGUGGCCUGAUCAAGGGUGUGAUGGACAAACUCCUAAAUCUAUAUAACAGUAAGAAGAUCAAGCCUGUGGUUGAUUCAUUAUGGGCUUUGGAAGAGGUGAAGGAGGCCAUGCAGAGAAUCCAUGACCGAGGAAAUAUAGGAAAACUAAUUCUGGAUGUGGAGAAAGCACCCACUCCCCUGAUGGCCAACGACAGCACAGAGACAAGUGAGGCUGGAGAAGAGGAAGAAGACCAUGAAGGGGACAAUGAGAAUAAAGAGCGCAUGCCAUUCAUCCAGUAACUGCCAGAGGUGGUGGAAGCAGAAAGGUUGAUGAAGUAGAAGGGAACAAGACUGGGAAAUCUAUUCUGUGCAUCAGUGAACAAAUGCUGUAGUACAGUGUGUGUUGUAUUUGUCUGCAGUCAGCUGAGCUAUGAGCUGUUGAUCAUUGUUGUUUUGAACUCAAGUGCCAUUCUCAUCCAGUGCAGUAUUAUGACAUUCCUGUGUAAUACCCACUUGCCCUGUAAGAGUCCCAUGGAUUUUUCUUUCCUGGUUUAAAAGCCUUAUUAACUUACUGUGUAAUCUUAGAUGGGCAUCUUUCUCAUGCAAAUUCCAACAUUUUGCUUAAAGUUAUUUGAGGGGUCUGGGCUUUUUUUGAAAGUUGGAAACAGUAACAAAAAAAAUUCCCCACAUGCUGUCUGGAAGAUUCUAGAAACUGGAGGGAGGAUUUUCAGUUUGUGGAUUUUCAGUGUUAAAUAGUUUUCCUUUUAUGAACCACAGAUAAAAGUUGCAA